UACCUCCUGCAGAAAGAAGCAGGCAGCUGCAGCUCCAGUGCUUGGUGCAGAGAGUUCAGUGUGUGAAUGACUAAGAGAUCCACAGCUAUGGGGGCAGGCCAGGUCAGCUUGCUUUGCACCCUGAGUUGCUGCUCCUUGAGAGCCCUUCGACCGUGUCACAGUGCUGGGCUUUGAUCUGUGGGGGAGUGGAGGCUAAACUAGCCCUGGGGGCAACUUUCAGAGAAUUCCUCGGGACAGGAUUACCAGCUGCAUUGCCAAAGAAAGAACGAACGAAAGAUGACACUCUUCUCUGGAAUUGCUCAGGCACCUUAGGAAAGAUGAACCCAGCUUCGUUGGACACCUCCAUCCAGAGUGUGCUCUCGGCCCUCUACCCGCCGUUUGACACCACUGCGCCCACCGUCCUGAGCCAGCUCUUCCGGGUGAUAGAGGGUCGUUACCAAGGAGACGCUCUGCGCUGCCUGCUGGACUUCCUCAUUCCUGUCAAGCACAUCCUGGAGAGCGUGCAGCAGGCUGCCUGCGCUCCAUACUCUGAUGUGCUGUUCCGCUGUGAGGGCUGGCCCCUGUGUCUUCAUGACAGAGUGGUGAUCCAGCUAGCCUCUGUGAACACCCUCCUCCUGCGCCCAGGAGACUUCUACCUGCAGGUAAAGCCCUUCAGGGAGCAGUCGGCUCGCAUUGUCCUCAAGAGCCUUCUAGAGGACCUGCAGGAGGUGGAGGAAACGCCCAUCCCUGAGACCUCCUAUCCCAGCAUCUUCACCAGGGACUGGCUGGACGAGAUCAACCAGGGGCGCCAUGGGCCUCCACUGCAUACCUGCCUUCUGUCCACGGAUCAGGGAAUUGUGAAAGUGCCGUGGGCUCAAGUAGCCACGCCAGAGUUUAUUGAUAAGCCUAAAGUCAUGGCCAGCUCUCCGGCCACCCCAGAGCGGUCCGAGGCCCCUCAAGUCCCAGCCCGUUUGCCUUCAAAAAAAGAGACGUCUGGGUUCUCUGUGGAAACCCGGAUUCUUCCAGCCAAGGAUGGCAUAGCGGUCUCUUUGAGACUGAUCGACAGUAACUGUGGGAGAUUAAUCAAGGUGGACCAGACAAGGGCGACCAACAAGCCCAUAGGUUGGGUAUCGCCAAACACGUGGGACAGCCGGAACCAAGACUUGGAAGGGGAUUACGUGGACCUGGUAGAGUUUUCUAAAGGUGGCCACCACCCUUCAGAUAAAGCAUUGCCCAAAACUAAUAGGACAGUACAGGCUCCUCAGUGGACUAAGCAAGAGCCACCUCCAUUUGAGCCAGUCCAGUCCCCUCCAGCAGUCUGUGGAGAUCCUAUACCAUGUGGCAGGUCAAUUAAGUUUUCUGCGGAGCCCUGCACCCCAUGUUUAAGGAGGAAGAUGGGCCAGGACUUGGAACUCCAGGAACUGAGAUGUAGGUAUCGGGAGUCCUACAUGGCUGCACUUCAGAAUCCAGUGAACUUUGAAUCUGGAACCAUGAAGGUCACAGUGGAGGAGUCUGGCCACCUGAGUGGAAGUUCUGCUUCCAUUUGUGAUGGGGGUCCCCAGCCAGAGCCUUCCCCCUGCUGCAAGGUGGUUCAUGAACAUCGGUCCCCCUGUACUUCAGACAGUGUUGCUUCUGUUAGCUGGAGGGAGCCAGGGGAACGACAGUCCAAGAGCGGUGCUCACCCCUCUCCUCCUGCUUCUGACAGGAAAUUGCACACAGGAUCAGGGACACCUAGUGCCUCCAUAAAGUGUUUGAGUGGACAAAAAACAUUGACGAAUAUAAGUGACAGGGUUUCAGUGGUUCCAGCCCUCCAUGUAGCACCGUGUAAGAAAACAACAUCAUUCGGAUUAUUAUCUCCAAAGGUGGACAGACAUAAAAUGGCCAAAAGAGAUGCCAGUCCCACCUGCACGGCACAAGCAGAUGCCUCCCUUGCCGGGGCAGGCAGUGAAAAAGGCCCACAGGACUUGUCUGUAGACAGGCCGCGGACCGCAGUGACCAGGAGGGUGGCGCCAGCUACUUCUCAGGGGCCAUGCAGCCAGAUUCUUCACUCAGGCAUCAUGUGUCUACCAGGCAGCAGAGACAAGGCAGGGAGGGCAGUGGUUCAGGUGUGCAGCGAUCACACAGCCUGGAGAUCAGCAGCCACCACCAGCACCGAGCUCUCCAAACUCCUCCUCUACUUCAACUCCAUUCCCAGGAAAGACGUCAGAGAGCGUGGAAUGACCAUUGUCGUAGAUGCAAGGAAGCAGCCCCCUCCUCUAGCCCUGUAUAAAGCCUUGUCAAUGGCACAGGAGCAGGUCCCUCGCAUGCUUCACUGUGUCCUGGUGCUGGUGGACAAGGAGACCGGCACUCGACUGGAGAGACAACCAGGCCUCCCCGUGGAGGUGCUGACCUCGCUGAAGGCUCUACACAAGUUCAUUGAUGGGAGCCAGCUGACGGCAGAACUGGAUGGGUCUCUUCCAUACAGCCACAGCGACUGGCUCCAGCUCCCGCAGAAGCUGGAUCCCUUCUUCUCAGACCUACGAGAGGCCUCGAGCUUGCUGCACAAAGCCAUCCGAACGUUUGAGAGCAACAAACGCCUUGACACUGUUCAGGAUGUGCAGCAGUGCAUUCAGGAGCAGAAGACCAUGAUGAUGUCAGUCCUGCAGGAUGCACGAUUGGUUGGCCUGCAGCGGGAGGGUGGAGCUAUACUUGCCAGGCUGAAGAAGGAGGAGACUCGAUUAGUUUACUCCGAGGAUUACCGCGAUGCGAUGGACGCGGUGACCAUGCUGUAUAACCAGCUGGAGGAGAGGGUUCACAUGCUGGUGAUGAAAUCCAACAAGGGCCUGCAGCACCUCGACUUUCUGCUCAAACUCCGGGAGCUGGAGGGAAGAUUUAAUAAGAUCAGAGAGUGGUUCGAUGCGGAGGGGGAGAAGCGGCUGCUGGAGGCCGAUUCGGUGGAGGAUUCCCUGGACAGAGUGGAGCAGACAUUGCACCACUUUAACCAGUUCCUCGACCAGGCCACAGAGCAGCAACACAAGGCUAUGGCACUGGUGACCGAGGCAGAGAAGGUUCAAGGCUCUUCCUAUCCCGAGGCCGAAGUUUUCAGGAUGAUGGUGUACACCUUCAAAUCAGGGCUGGCAGACUUUCUGACGAGGGCGCAGGAAUGCCGGGCUCAGCUUGAGACCAUGGUGAACCUGUACCGCUUCUGUGAGAAGGCUACACAGCUUGCCAAAGACUGUAGACAGUUCCUGGAAAAAGUCAAUCCAUGCAACGGCUCAGCAACCAGCCUAGAAAGCUUAAAGACCCUUGAAAAGUACAGACUGGACUUCACUGCCUUCUCAGCAGAGCAGUUCCAACAAGUGAAGGUUCAGGCCUACACCCUUAAAGGUUCCAGGGGGAUGCGGAUUUGGAAUGUUGCCUGGCUCAAGUGCCAGGAAGUCAGGCAGCAACUUGAGGAGAGGCUGCAGGAUAUACAGAAGGCCCAGCAGUCUAGGGUAGCUUCACCCGAGGCUAAGAGGCCAGUACCUGCAGGCCCGGCACCAUUAGCACCCACUACCAGUGAAGGCCCUGAGAACUUAAGACCUGUACACCAACAGCACCCAGUCAAAACUCCCAAAUCUCUGCCUGAAAGAAGAAAAUACCAACACCGUGAAAACGAUUACGCAAAUGUAACUUGCUUCAAGUUAAAAUUCAAGCCAGACAGCAAAGAUUCAAAGGGCCCUAACCUGAAAAAAGAGGCUGCCCACCAAGUAUCCAACAAGACUGAAGUGACAACUCCAAAGAGCUCCGGGGAAGCCAGCAAAGGCCUGGAUUUCGCACGUGUGGCCUCCCCGACCUGCGAGUGGUUUUCAUGGCAGCAGGGCCUGGUUAGGUCCCUCAGUGAGGAGUCCAGCGCGUCUUGCUCCCUGUCCUCCCAUACGGACCCCCUGGCCUCUCCUUCCACUCGAAUACGAGGUCAUCCCUCGAGGAAGAUCCUAGAGGCUGCUCAGCAGUUCCAGAUAUCUCGACACGGCAGCUUCUGCUCUGAAGACUCGUGUUCCAGGCCCACGGGUGACUGCACCGUUGACCUGACCAGAGUGUCCUCACUGCCAGCUGCCAGUCCCAGGGUUCCCCAGACACUGGGAACAGCAGGGGAUCCAGGGCCUAGUGAACCAGGGGAGCACUCUGGGAACUAUUGGAAGCUGCAGUGCAUCAUGGAGGAGCUGCUGCUGACGGAGAGGGACUAUGUGCGCUCGCUGGAGUACAUCAUCACACACUACUUCCCAGAGAUGGAGCGCCUGGACCUGCCGCAGGAUCUGCGGGGCCAGCGAGGACUCAUCUUCGGCAACCUGGAGAAGCUGUACGACUUCCACCGGCACUUCUUCCUCAAGGAGCUGGAGGGCAGCCUCAAAGAGCCGCUGCGGGUGGGCCGAAGCUUCCUCCGACAUAAAGAAAGCUUUGGUCUUUAUGCUUUGUACAGCAAAAACAAACCCCGGUCUGAUGCUCUGCUGAUAAACUAUGCUCAGGACUUCUUUAAGAACAAACAGCUGGAGCUGGGAGAUAAGAUGGACCUGCUGUCGUACCUGCUGAAGCCAGUGCAGAGAAUCAGCAAGUACAACCUGCUGCUGCAGGACAUGGUGAAGGAGUGCGGGCCGGAGCGGGGCCAGGAGAGAGCCGAGCUGCAGGCCGCCCUCGAGGUCGUGCGCUUCCAGCUGCGCCAUGGAAACGACCUGCUCGCCAUGGACGACAUCCACGACUGCGACGUGAACAUGAAGGAGCAGGGCCAGCUCAUCCGACAGGACGAAUUCCUUGUGUCCUACAGGAAGAGGAAGUGUUUCCGUCACAUCUUCCUGUUCCAGGAUCUAAUCCUCUUCAGCAAAACCAAAAAAACAGACGUGGGGAACGAUGUAUACCUCUACAAACAGUCCUUCAAGACCUCUGAUAUCGGGAUGACCCACAACGCUGGAGACAGCGGGCUGUGCUUCGAGAUCUGGUUCCGGCGGAGGAAAUCCCAGGACACCUACACCUUCCAGGCAGCCUCAGCAGAGGUGAAGGACGCCUGGACCAAGGAUCUGGAGAGGAUCCUUUGGGAACAAGCCCUCCGCAACAGAGAAGUCCGAAUGCAAGAGAGGGUGUUCAUGGGAAUCGGCAGCAAACCCUUUAUGGACAUCAAACACAGCGAGGCGGCCAUCAGUGACAGGGCUAUCAACUGCGUCCCGGCAGGAAAAGAAUGUAAAACACUGCCUCCUGCCAUUCUCCCCGCCUCCUACGAACACCUUCUCUCUCAGAGACCAAACUCGAUUGGCUCAGGAAGCAGCGCGUCAUCUUCUGGCAGCCACUCCUCAUCCUCCUCGGGGCGGGGGUCCCUCCCUCCCCACGGUUAUUACUACAGCCAAUCAAGGCAAGGCGAGGCGAGCCAGGGCUGUUACAGAGCGCUGGGCGGAUUGGAGGAGGAUGAGCUGGACAAUGAGGCUGAGCCCCUCCACCUCCUGUUGGACAGCUCGGAGUCCUCUGGCGAGAGCAUCAGUGGGUUCAGCAGCUCGGAUCACAGCUGCCUCUCCGUGGUUGGAGGAGAGGCUGAAGAGACAUCCUCCGUCUCCUCCCUGUGCUCCAAACCAAGCCCUUCCCCCGAGCCCCAGCAUGACUUCAUCAGACGAGCCCCUCACCUGCACUACAAACCCAGGUCCUCCUCCGCCACAACUCCAGAGAUAAAGACAGCAGCACAGCACGCUGGGACGAAUAAGCCUGACGGUGCACUGAGUGGCUGCUCCACAGAGGUCUGAUGGGAGCAGUGCAAAGAGGGCAGAACUGCAGACAGCAACGCUGGGCGGAGAAUCUGGAGGGGAAGACCCACAAAACAAGAGGCUACAAUUCUGCAGUACCCUGACACACAGACAUACUGGACACACGUACCUGUAAAAGAGCGCCUUAAUGUGCACUGUGUCUCAAUGUACUGUAUGCUGCAUUUGUUUUCAUUUUCAUGUCCGUGGCGCUUGUUUGGAAUUAUUUGGAGGGCGUCAGGUUGGGUGAGUGAGUAGAGCAGCUAAAUCCACAAUCAGAUUAAACCACACUCGUGGUAAAAGGCUCUGGUGCAAAACUUACUCAACUUUACAACGUGGAAUUAAAAAAAAAAAAAAAAAACACGCACUCUUCAGAGUCAGGUAUUACGAUAACCUUAAACGAAUACUUCAUCUGGACCAUACUAUUACAUUCAAAUAUCAUGGAAAUAGUGUUCAUUUCCUUUUGGAAAAGUGGAACUAUUGCAUGGUAAAAAUAAAUGAUGGCGUUCACAUCUUUAACAGCGUUUCUUUGUAUAUAGAGUGUUGGGCGUAGUUGCAUACAUUUUAGCUAUAGGAAUUAUUAGAAUUAGGAACCAAUACUAUAUCUCAGUGUUUUGUGGGAUACCACUACAAGUCAUGACAGUAAGUACCUGGUUACAGUAGAUGCAGUAUACAGACUUGAACCCUAUUGCUGUGGGCAAACACAAACCCAAUCUUGAGCCACUGUUUUUGUGUAAGAAAUUCCACUGUGUCUAAACUUUUGGUCAAUCAUUUCAAAAGAGCUGUGUUUUUUUGGAUGGUAUCUCAUAGUAAUGGUUUUGCUAUUCUAACUUUGUUUGUUUUUAAUUUAUUGUUACUAAGAGUCUGUAUUUCUGAAACCGAAUUUCUGAUUCAUAGUAGUUUCUGAAGUUAUUGUUUUUCUUUUUAUCAUUACAUUUAUACUUUUAUCGAAUAUCCAAGACUAUGAAAACACUGCUUUUGAUUUAAACAGAAAAGAAAAAAAGUGUGUUUUUGUUUUUAACAGAAAUACAUUUAAGUUUUUAGUGGAUCAAUUGCUUCUUGAGGCAGAUUUUAUUGAUAUGUUUUUAUUAAAUCCAAACCCACUCAUUUAUAUUGAUUACAAAAGGGUCGUCCAAACACUGCUGUUCUUAAAUACAAAAUGUAAAAAAGCAUGGACUGAAACAAUUAAAACAGCAUUUCAAAGUAAAACAUUUUUUCAACCCCCCUCUCUUAUAAUACUAGUCUCUUCCAUUGAAGGGAACCACUGAAGUUGACCACUAUUUACAACAUGGCUGAAAGGAAUUACUAAUCGAUACCCUUCCUAACUCUGGGGGUGAUACACGCACAAGAGAUGCUUUUGUUCCCGGGUUAUUCAAAGCUAAUGUGAUUACUUGAGGACGGUUAAAUAAAAAAGCUACAUUGUCUAGACUCUAUAGUGACAUUGUGUUUUAAAAUAGACCAACAAGAACACUAAGGCAAUCUGAAAAAAAUACUUUAUAGCAAAUUGCUGAUCAGCAGGUCGAAGAACUUUAUAACAUACUUGCUGCAAUACUGUCAAAGAAAAAAAACUGCAAGUGAAUGACUAAGCAAAAGGAAGUAAUAAGCCACCAGUUCUUCAGCAAUGUCACCACAUUGUAACCGACUUCUCAAUUUUUACUCUUGGCUCCAAAAGGUCAGUCGGGUAACAAAGUUCUUCUGGGCCCAAUUUUUGUUAUGUAUAUCACAAUAUAACAUUUGAAAUAAAUUAGAUUACAGGCUACACCCAGACAAAUGAUGGCAGAUUUUUUUUUUUUUUUAAGCAACUCCUUUUUGUGUGCAUUUGGAAGGUAUGCAGAUUUUAUAUGCAUAAUUUAGGAUUUGAUUACAACAAAACCUUGCCCUGGACAGGACUGCUGUACUACUAUCGAACCACAGUGUGAUAAACUGCUUUCCGAAAACUACAGAACACUGAGUAAAGAAGAUACUGUCUUCACAAUAGGGGGGUUAUGUCACAGUCCAUUAAUGUUCUGAAGUGCUACCGUUCUGCAUUUAAAGGGGUGCUUGUAUUUUCUCAUUCACUAUAAUUUAAUGUAUGUUUAGGUUCAGUGAUCCUAAAGGUUGUAUUACAUGUAUGUGGUGCCGAUUGUUCUGUGUGUGUUCCUUCCUCUUUGAUGGGUAGAGUUGUUGUACAUUAGUACUGUAUGUUUUCCUCAUCUCGUUUCUCAACCCCACAACUUAUGUAUUUAUUGAAAUGGUUUUCUUGCGGGUUGUGUGGAGAUCGGGCUGCUUCUGGUUCGGUUUCCCCUCAGAAUAAAAAUGGGUUUAUGCAAAGGCUUGAAAUACAAAAUAAAAAGGUAAGAUAAA